AAGGAUUUCUCAAACCGACAAGAAAGAAUCAAAGCAAAACUCCAGGUUUGUGUUUGAUGAUGGAAUAACAUUAGAACAAGAUGGAAAGAUAAAAAAGUAUUUUUAAAUGUAGUUAGAAUGUAACCAGAAUACAUGAGCAUGCCACACUUUUCAGAUGUUUUCGUCUAAAUAGAAAAAUUUGAAAUAAAAAAAAACGCCUUGAAGUUCUUCUUCAGUUUUGCUCCAUCAAACAAAAUCCAGUAAAACAAACUGAAGGUUGUGAAGGGAGGAUAGUUUUAGUAAAUUAGUGUUUUAUUUUUCUCCUGUUUGACCAGAAAACGCUGCAGUUCUUCUCCUCUUCCCGUCAUGAGACACUAGUGAGGCUGAUUUUGAGUCCGCUGGCUUUGUUUUUGCAUAUUUGUGCAGCGGCAGAGGCUACACCCAGCCCCAGACAUUAAUAACACCACCCUGCGUCAGCCACGCUCUCCGUGUCCAAGCAGAAACAUCUCCAGCGUCUUUCCGAUGAGUUUUACCUUCUGGUAAACUUUCUGUAUCGCUGCGUGCAGAGCGGGAUGAUUUAACCUGUUAAUUAAUGUCAUGUGUUUCUGCCCGGGCUCCUCUGUUUCCCCCGCUCGGCUCGCUGUGCGUAAGGGACCCCGGGCCCCUGCCAGAGUCUUGUGUUUUUUGGCACAAAGCGGAGCAUGACGUCAGCAGGCGUGGUAAUAACAAUGAGAGGCUGUAAAUCCUGGACUACACGGUGUUCAGAGUGGGAAAACACGCAGGGCGUGGCCUGUAAAAUGUUACAGAUCUAACGGCGCGGAGUGAAACCGCGAUACCUGAACUGAUUUGUUUGAAAGUUUCGUUUGAAAAAUGAAAGUGAAAAAAGUGUGAGAUGAAACCGCGGCGGAGUUUCCUGUGGGCGCAGAGAGUUUGCGCCGCGCCGCAGCUACAUAGGAAAUGACUCAUAGGAGCUGAACUGCGCAGCGUGGGUGUGUGCGCACUAUUAAAACACGGCGCAGACUCCUCCGCAUGACUCACUCUGAUGCUCGCUUUUCCAUGCUGAAAACCAGCACGGAUUCCUAAUCAGAUGAACUUUUGGGAAUUGUGUGGCCGACAGCGAGCAGCUCUCCUCCCGCACACACCAUGGCUUCAGCCGCAGUUUGCGCACUCAUCUGCGGAUUUAUUCUAGCGGCUUCCACCGGGCUCCACGCGGAGAAAAGUCAGUGCCUGACCUCAGAGUUCUUCAGCUCAGACCUGGGGGUUUGUGUCCCCUGCACCUCCUGCAAGCAGUACCCCAAAACCCCGUCCUGCAACACAUGUAAACCUCUGGAGGAGACGCCGCACGUCUGGAAGCUGGCGGCCAUCACCAGCUUCUCGGUCCUCGGCGUGGUUCUGAUCGGCGCCGCUCUGAUCAUCGGAGUCAUGAUGCAUCGACGCAAAUCACACAAACGGCCUCUGAGAGAACCCAUCGAAGAGACGGCGGGGCCACUUUACCAAGCUUAAACAGCCGAGUAGCCUCAUCCAGGGAACCUGAGGAACCUCUGGACGACGGACCGCAUACCGAACCCCGGGGCCGCGGCUCCGGCUGCAGACGGACCGAUCUUUAUUUAUUGGACUGAGCUCAGUUCUGAACGGGUCCGGCAGACAGCAGGCGACCCGCUGAGCCUCUGCUCACCUUGUAGGAAUAGUAACAACGUUAUACACUAGUUUGGUAUCUUGUUCAGGAAAUGUCUGUCUUUAUUUUGCAUUAACUGAGACUCCGACCUGGAGGCCCUUGGUGGGUUUCCAGACGUUUGAUUCCGUUAAGACUUCAACUCGUGUUCUAGUGUGAACUCUGGCGAGGCGACAACGCAGCGAUGCAACGCGACGCAUCGGCCUCUUACUGCACACGUGAAGAAGACGUACUGUUCGGCACAUUAAGGCCAUUUGAAUGUAGCGAGCUUUAGGAGAAACGUCCCCAGUACGCACCGGCUGGACUGUCCUCAUGCACUCUGGGCCAGGCUUACAAAGGGCUGACAGGCGGUAGCCCAGGGCGCCACAUUUAGGGGACACCCCCCCAAAAGGUUUAGUUUUUUUUUUACCUCAUAUUAAACGCAGGCACUCAUUUUGCAUGUGGUGUUUUUAAAUAUUGUUGGUUUUUUAUUAAUUUGAGCAACACUCAAACAUUAACACGAUGAAGUUGCGUCUUUUUGGACCAACAUGGCGCCCCCUGCCAGAUGUUUUUACCCAUCCAACCAGCAGUUUGUACCUGCUAAUUUGUCAGUGUUUGUUACAGAGCCCCCUGGUGGCCAUGGGGAUCUUUCUCUUUUGCAUUUCCUCUCAGUGUUUUUACUGGUCAGUUAACGUGACAUCUCUAGUACUGGAAGUCUUUCUGCUACUUUAUGUAAGACUUUUCCAUGUAUGUUAGCAUCUCGUUUGUGACAUAUCGGGUUUAUAUCUUUAGGACACAAACGCAGCACAAACGACUGCGCAAAAGUAAAACAGGUCAAACAUGGGAUUUAAAGGGGCGGUGUUAAAAAUGUCCUGUUGUAUUUUUCAUCAUGUUACGAUGUUUUCAUUCCUUCAUGCAUGUUUGUGAAAUCCUUCAGUCACCAUGGCAACCAUUUCGCUGUGUAAAACACCUGGGUGGACCUAGCCCCGCCUUCAAGAUGCAGCUCCUCCCACAAUCAGCUCCUUCAGACUAUCCAGCAGCGAUUAGCAAACGUCUAUUGAGCUCAUUAUAGGAGCAACGCUGGUAGAAAUGUUGUUAAAGGGUUAAUAGUGGAGCCAUGUUGGGAUGACUUCCUGGAGGCGGAGCUUCAGAACCAUCAUGAGUUUUUAAAGAGACAGAGGGCCAAUUUUAAGGUGUUAAAUCAGAAAUUAAAAUUUCUUUUAAUGCCAUUUUCAUUCCAACAGAAGUUAGUUAUUUGCAUACUAACUUGAUGAGGCCAUGAAGUAGCACUAUGUGGUGAGGAAAUGCAUAACGCCCCUUUAAAUUCCUUUUAAGAGAUUAACAGAAACUUUCGUUAAGAGAGAAAGAAAUAAAAUUACAUCCAAAGUAAUUAUACUAUUUUUGAGUUAUUUUCAUGGAGAAAAUCCCUGACAUCCCUUAGGGGGCGCUGUAUGUUGUAAAUUACAUCUGUAACAGACUUUUAAAAAAUGUUUUUAACUUUUGGUGGGUUUGGGCUCCAAACCGGCCUCCAGCCCAGGGGCCCCUAUUCCUGUCAAUCCGGCCCUGUUUUCACUGUUACUGCAUCUCCUGAGACCAGCAGUUUUUAAAACGAACUUUUCGCUCAUUCCAGCGCUGUUGUUCUGUUUUUACUGUUCCUGACGUUCAGAAGAGGCAGGACAGGAUGCGUGAAACUCUAGACUCUCAGUCCAAACUGCUAACAUGUGUGAAUGCUGGGAGGAAUUCUGGGAGGAAUGCGCUGCGGCGCGGGAAUCAACCUUCAGUGUUUGAGUUGGAGCUCCUCCUCGCAACCUGGACGCUUUUCCUCGUGUUUCUGUGACUUUACGCGUCAGAAUGGGUUCGUUUGUUCACUUUGAUAAAAGAUUUUCUAUCAGAUUGUACCAGACGUGGUUUUUACAAACUGUUGAGCUAACUUCAAGGUAGUUUUUAACUGCGUUGAGGAAUCACUUCAAAAGAGUUUUUUUAUUUUUUUUAGAAGAUGUGUAUAUUAUUUAUUUUUUUAAGCGUCUCGCAGCGAAUUUCAAAGGGACUCCAGUGAAGGUUUUUAGUGAAAUGCUACAGAGUGAUAACUAACACGUUGCUUUUAUUCUCUGCUUCGUUUCUUCCCUACAUGCACUGGCUUCUCCCACUUCAAACCUUUGUGUAGCAAAUAUAUUUUCACAAUAAAACUGACAACUUUU